AUGGCUCCGUUACACCUAGGGCCGUAUGGCUUGACUGGUAGAACAGACUCCACUUGGCCCUCGCCUAAGAGGAAGUUAGACAAUAUCGACGCCUCUGGCUCCGUACUAGCAUCCAAGUGGAAGACUCUUUGGAAAGCCAUGAGGGCUGAUAUCCACAAGGCACAAGUACGGCAGAAGAAAUGGUAUGACCAGAAGCAUAUGAAGGCUCCGGAACUGAAAGCUGGGGAUAAUGUGAUGCUGGGCAGACGCAACAUCAUAACCAAGUGGCCUUCAAACAAACUAGACCAGAAGAAACUGGGUCCGUUUGAGGUUGUAGAGAAACUUGGCGUCGCGUCCUAA